AUGUAAGACAAAUAAAUUAUUCAGCUUUUUGAAAAAUACUCUAAGCUUAAUGAUCCAAAAUUAGUGUUCUAGACAAGUGAAUAAAUUUUAGAAAGAGUAAAAGAAGAUGAUAUAACCUUUGUAUUAUCAAAAAUUAUGAAUUGUUUGCAAUCAACAGAUUUUGACACUACAAUCAAUUAUGCCUUACUAUUAAAACAACUAAUUUAGAAGUAUUCAUCUAAACAUCAAAAAUUACAACCCAAAGCUAUUUUCGAUAAUUUACAAUAAACUUUAAGCAAAAAGAACUCAUAUGGUAAAAGUGAGUUUAAACAUUUCAUGCUGACCAAAUAUUUGGUCUAUUCGUACUUAGAUUUUUAGAACCUUUUAAAUAUUACACUUGAAGAUCGAAAAACUGAAGAUUCAGAAUACUUAACCUAUGUCCUAUUGAAGCAGCUUAAACCUGAAAAUGUGAAGUAAGUUAGCAAUGCAAUAAAAAAUGACCUCUAAAAUUUAACACCAAGGGUUUUUUGUAUUUUAGUUAAGCUCCAAUAGCUCAGUCAAAAAGGAUAGUUCUAAUGGGAUAAAUAUCUUCAAGAAUAGGUAUUUGACAGACAGAAGUUCCACAAGCUUUUAGAAUAAGCAAAUGACCAAUUCCCAAAGAAACAACUCUUCUAUUAAUACUUAGCCAUAUAAAUGGGGAAGUUUAGUCAAUCAUAAGAUAACUAAAAAAUAUAUACUGAGUUCUGGGAAUACCUAUUCUAAUAAGAGGACUUAAGAAAAUUAAACUAUAUCAUUUUAUCAAUUUUUAAACAUUUCCUAAAAUCAACUACUGUCCCACUUUCUCUAAUUAGAAAUUAAUAAUUGGUUGAAUUAUGGUACAGGUAAUUUGGAAAUUCUAAUUCUGUUAUGAAAAGAUUAGCAAAUAAGAUUGAAUAAUACUUGACUUAAAGAGAUAUUUCCUUUGAAGAUAUCGUUUACCUGAGAAAUAUCUAUGGGUAUAGAAUUCAUCCAAAAAAUGGCAUUGCAUAAAAAAUAUUGGCAAAGUUCACAGAAGAUGAAAUAGAUCAAUACUUUGAGAAUAUGAAAUAAUAAGAACAAUCUUCUACCGAUCCAAUCAAUAAACUCUAUUACUUAAAUGAAAUCUAUGUUCUUGCUACUGUAGCUAACACAAACGUUAAAGUCUUAACAUCUAUGAUAAAAUAUAUUUAUGAAAUCGGCUGCAUAAACUUUGAAUAGAUUUAUGAGCAAUUAGAUGAAGAAUCUAAGGAAGCCUACCAGUUUGAAGAGAUUAAGAAAAAGUUUUUAGAUUAAUGUCAGAGUUUCUUUUACUCACUUGUUGGAAAAGUAGCUGCUAAUGUGUAAGAAUUUGAUGAAUUAACAAAGUCCUUAUUGAAAUAACUUAAAAAAUCGGAUUUAAGUAAAUAGUAUAAAUUGAUUACUGGCAAAUAACCUAAAGAAUGUAUCAAACAUCUAGUCAAUACAAUCCUUAUGUUUUCAUUUCUCAAUUAAGAAGAAGGAUUAUAAAUCUUGGAAGAGUUUCAACAUAUUGCAGGCGAUAUUUAAGAGGAGGAACCUCAAACUAAAAAAAAAGUAAAGACUAAUCCAGAGAAGGCAAAAGUUGUCUUAACUGAAGUAUUUAUUUAAUUGUUAACAAAAUCCCCAUGUAUUUUAUGUAAUCUAUAUAAUAUAGAAUUCUUGAGAGAUGCUGUUAAUUAGUGCUGCAAAUCACUUGAGUUUACAACAGAAUGCUUAGAAAUUCUAUUGGAUGUUUUAUUGAAGGAAGAUCAUGAAUAUAUUGCUGAGAUGCAACAAUAAGAAUUAGAUGAUGAGGAAGGUGGAGAUGAAAGCUUAGAAGAAGAAGAAGAGGAAAAUUAAUGA